AUGGCAUAUCUGUUAACAUUUGGAAUUAUUGGGGCGCUGUGCUUGGCCAGUUUGAUGCUCUAUCGAUAUGGCAACAUUCCACGUCAGCACAUCCUUGUCACCCUGUCCGUGCUAACAGCCUGGUGCUUCUCCUUUCUGAUCGUGUUCACGAUACCGCUGGAUGUCACCUCCACUUUGUAUCGACAGUGUGAGGAGAGGUACAUGCCGAUUGUGGCAACAACAACAGUGGCAGGCGACGGCAACGCAACAACAACAAUGACAACCAUAAGUGGCAAUAAUGUGCAUAUAGAUGAAUGCCAGGAACCGUGGGGCAUGGUCCCAAAAUCUGUGUUCCCCAAUUUGUGGCGCAUCAUCUACUGGAGUUCGCAGUUUCUCACAUGGCUGAUAAUGCCGCUGAUGCAAUCGUAUCUGAAAGCAGGCGAUUUCACCAUUAAGGGCAAGUUGAAGUCGGCCCUGAUCGAGAACGCCAUUUAUUACGGAUCGUAUUUGUUCAUCUGCGGCGUUUUGCUCAUCUAUAUUGCGGUGAAGGGCGUGUCGUUGGAUUGGCCAAAGCUGAAGGCGAUCGCCUCGUCGGCCUCGAAUACUUGGGGCUUAUUCCUGCUCAUCCUGUUGCUGGGCUAUGCGCUGGUGGAGGUGCCACGUUCGCUUUGGAACAAUGCCAAGCCGGGAUUCACGCUGCAAUAUGCAUAUUUUAAGGCCGCCAAACUCAGCACGGACAAGGCCGAGGCCGAGGAGCAUGUGGACGACGUGUUGGAGUCGCUGCAGUGCAUCAGUCGGGCGGUGCCCAACAAUCAUGAGUUGCGCCCCUGCGUCGAGACCAUUCUGCGCAAAGUGCCCAUCGAGCUGCAGGAGCGUGCCACACGCAAUUUCACCCGGAGUGGUGGCAACGGCCUGGGCGGCACCACCUCGACAAUUGUGCCAUCAGAGAAGGCACUCGUGCGCAUCCACAAGCAGGUGAUUAAGUCGCUGCAAACGCUGCAACGCACCGAGGCACUGUGGAGCGUUCAGGUGAAUGCGGUACUGCAUCUGGAGGAUGUGGCACGCAACAUCCACUCAGCCGAGCGCCGCUUCAAGACCGAGUUUCCACGCCAGCGUACGCAGCUGGAGCGCAUCUGUUACAGUGCCACCAUUCAAUGGUACUGGGAGUGUCUACUCAAAGCGCCAUUCCUCAAGGCGCUCUGCGUGCUAACGGCCACCAUGUCCGCCAUGGUCGUCUGGAGCGAGCUGACCUUCUUCAGUCGCCAUCCGGUGCUCUCCGUGUUUGCGAACGUGAUCAAUGUGGCCAAUGCCAGCAAUGAUUUCUUCACCAUUGAGCUAUUCUCGAUGAUCGUCCUCUGCUAUUUCUUCUACUGCACCUAUUCGACAAUAUUGCGCAUCCGAUUCCUCAAUCUGUACUAUCUGGCGCCGCAUCAUCAAACUAACGAGCACAGUCUCAUUUUCAGUGGCAUGCUCCUCUGUCGCCUCACGCCGCCCAUGUGCCUCAACUUUUUGGGCCUAAUCCACAUGGACUCGCACAUAAUACAGAAGCGAAUUAUGGAAACGGAUUAUACACAAAUCAUGGGACAUAUGGACGUUAUUGGUAUCAUUGCGAAUGGCUUCAACAUCUACUUUCCCAUGUGCAUGUUGGCAUUUUGUUUGGCCACCUGGUUCAGUUUGGGCAGUCGUGCGUUGAACGCUUUGGGCUUUCAACAGUUCCUGCAGCACGAAACAAUUGCCACGGAACUGGUGCAGGAGGGCAAGGAUUUGAUAGCGCGCGAGAAGCGACGCCGCCAGCGUGCCGAGGAGGCAAUGGCCAGACGGCGCGACUUUACCAGGCCGGACACCUUGGCCAGCAGCCACGAUUACAUUGGCAAAUACCGCAGCGGAGCUGGUGGCUUGGGCAGCGGGAGUGGCGGCAUUGCUGGUGUUCCAUUGACCGCUGGCCAACGAUCGCCAGCCGAUGGCCUGCUGCGCGAUGGCGAUGUUAGCUAUGAUUAUGCGGCGGUUGCCUCCUCCUCGGCGCUGGGUGUGCCACGCUCCCUAUCGGAUGAGAUCAACGAUCGUUUCGGUGUCAGCACCCAAAUGCAGAUCGGUUUCCGCGGCACCAGCAACGAGCCGCAGGAUGUCUACCACGAGGAGAACGAGCGUCGCAUUGUUGGACCGCCACCACGGGGACUCUUCGACGAUGUCUAGGCUCGAGAAUCACAUUCCCUCUUGUAAUUUGUUUGGUUUUCAGCUAUAUGUGUAUAUUUUAUGAAUUAUCUCAAACGUGUUUUUGUGCUAGUUAAUUUAAUUUAUGUUUAAGCUUCUCCGCUCAGCCGCCGUUCCUGUCACAAACAAAAUACAUUUGUCAGACAUCUCAAUAAACGAUAAAAAUGCUCGCUAA